UGGCGGGUCUGCACCCAGCGGUGUGUUCGCCCACCCCUUGCUUCCACAGUGACCUCAUGUUCCGAUCGCGGCGAGCCGGCUUAAUACAGCGGCUCUGGAGGCUUCGCUGCACCACGCCCGGCCCGGAUGACAGCCACGGGGCCCUGAAACCGGCCGCCCACGCCCUCUUCAAGAAGCUGAAGGACACCGAACUGGAGCUGCUGCUGAGGGCGGUGGAGAGCCGGGGAGCGGGGGAGCUGGGCUGCGUCUGGGUGGAGCCGCGAGGGUCCAAGCCGGGCCUGCCCGCCCCACUGCUCCUGUGCCGCCUCUACCGCUGGCCGGACUUGCGCCACCCCCACGAACUCAAGCGCCUGAGCUGCUGCAGGAGCCCGGGGGGCGAGGGCGCCGUCCACUGCUGCAACCCGCACCAUCUCAGCCGGCUCGCUACCCCCGAGACUCCUCCGCCCCCGUACUGCAAGAUCUCCCCCUUUGCCAUUCCCUUGAAGUGGCCCAGUGCCUUGGACAACAAGCGCAAAGCCUGGCAAGACACCAGCCUCUCUCGGCACUCCCUCAAAGAUGGCUCCUGGUGUAAGCUGGCCUACUGGGAGUACCGCUCACGGGUGGGAAGGCUCUACCCCGUGCACGAUGACUUCGUGAACGUCUUCUCCGAGCUCCCGGCCGGCGGCGGUUUCUGCGUGGCUCAGCUGGUGUCCCGAAGCCGCAGCCAGGCCGUCCGGCGCGCGCGGGCCAAGAUCGGGCAAGGCCUGACGCUCAGCCGAGAAGGAGGCCACGUCUGGGCCUACAACCGCAGCGACCACCCUGUGUUUGUCAGCUCUCCCACCCUGGGUCCGGCGGUGCACAAGAUCCUCCCCGGUUACUCCAUCAAGGCCUUCGACUACGAGCGCGCGAGCGGCCUGGAGGGGUGGCGGGACCCGGACGAUGGGCCGUGCGACGCCCACACCGUCCGCAUCAGCUUCACCAAAGGCUGGGGGCCCAGCUACUCCCGCCGGUUCAUCACGUCUUGCCCCUGCUGGCUGGAAGUCCUGUUGAACACACACGGAUGA